CCGCGGCGCGGACGCCUCGGCAGCCACGGCGGCUGGACCGCGGCUGGCGCCGGCUCGGCCCGCCCCCUUUUCCGUGCCCCGCUCCUGCUCCAACGCCUGUCCGGCCGCUGUCAGCUAUAUCAGCGUCCUACCGAUCCACGGUGCAUGCUUCGCAGCUGCGGCCGCCGGCUGCUGCACUUCCUAGGCCUUAGCUUCCCGCUGCUCACCGGCCGGCCGCUUUUCCUCUGCCCGCACCGCCUCAUGAGGCCGCAGGUCGUGUUCGUCCUCGGCGGUCCCGGCGCCGGCAAGGGGACCCAGUGCGCCCGCAUCGUCGAGAAAUAUGGCUACACUCACCUUUCUGCAGGAGAACUUCUUCGUGAUGAAAGGAAGAACCCAGAUUCACAGUAUGGUGAACUCAUUGAAAAGUACAUUAAAGAUGGAAAGAUUGUGCCAGUUGAGAUAACCAUCAGUUUGUUGAGGAGGGAAAUGGAUCAGACAAUGGCGGCCAAUGCUCAGAAGAAUAAAUUCUUGAUUGAUGGGUUUCCAAGAAAUCAAGACAACCUUCAAGGUUGGAACAAGACCAUGGAUGGGAAGGCUGAUGUAUCUUUUGUUUUGUUUUUUGACUGUAAUAAUGAGAUCUGUAUUGAACGAUGUCUUGAGAGAGGAAAGAGUAGUGGUAGAAGUGAUGACAACAGAGAGAGCUUGGAAAAGAGAAUUCAAACCUAUCUUCAGUCAACAAAGCCAAUUAUUGACUUAUAUGAAGAAAUGGGGAAAGUCAAGAAAAUAGAUGCUUCUAAAUCUGUUGAUGAAGUUUUUGAUGAAGUUGUGAAGAUUUUUGACAAAGAAGGCUAACUCUAAACCUGAAAGCAUCCUUGAAAUCAUGCUUGAAUAUUGCUUUGAUAGCUGCUAUCGCAACCCCUUUUUAAGGCAAUUUUAAUCUUUCAUAAUUACAUCUCAAUUAAUGGCUGGAAAGUAUGUAGUAAGACAUUAAAUUUUUUAGCUUCUUUUUUUUUGGUCACAGGAGUAGACAGUGAAUUCGAGUCUAACUUCAUCUUAGCUAUGGUGCUCACAAAACAAAGAAGGGUGUUAGCUAGUUCUUUGUUUUUAUUCAAAAAGAAUAUCCCUUUUAUAGUUUGUACCUUCUGUGAGCAGAACUUUUUAGUAUGUGUGUAUAUCCCUUUAGUAAUUACAACAUGUUUGGAUUAGGGAUUCUCCACGUCUUCUUUCUCUUUCAGGUUUUAAAUUUCCAACCUGUUAAGUGAAUUUAUGGACCAAAUUCUAAGGAACUUUUUGUGUAGUGAGUUCUUGGACAAUGUGUUUGGUAAACAAACUCAUGAAAUGAAUUCCUAGAAGUAUUUUAGUAUUUAUCAAAUAGCUGACCAUUUCCUAUAGAAAGGUAAGAAAACUUAGGCUUUGUUUUACUACAAUUUGUACAAAGUUGUUUGCAGGGCAUAGUCUUUGCUUCCAGGGAUUGGGAUGGGGGCACUGGGGGUUCAGAGCCUGGUGGAAUUGUCAGUUUUAUUCUGACAUAACUCUGAGGGUAAGGGGCAAGGAUCACAUCUAAUGACAUGUGUUCCUUUUGCUCUAUUAUAUAAUGUUAUUAAUGAUUAAACUGAUCUUAACAAAAUUCCUAGUAGUGGAACCUUGAAAUGCAUGUACUUAGUAGAUUUAUGGUAAAAUGAUUUGGUUAGUGUUUUAGUAAGACUUCAAAGUUUUUUUUGUUUGUUUUCUAGACUAAGCAUAGGGUUAGUACAAAGCAGAAGAAAUCUAAUGGUUAAAUUUCCCAUUUGUAUUUUAUUUUCUUGAAUACUUUUUUUCUUAGUUGUUUAAGAAGAUUUAAAAAUUGCACUUUGGUCAGAAAAAUAAUAAAUUUAUCUUACAAAUGUUUGAUUCC